CGUACUUACUCCUCUCUUUUUAAAAUGGUUCAUCAGUGAAGCGUAACAGUAAAAUCGCUCGGUUAUUUAAGAGCGCCGCUGAGAAACAGAAGCCCUGUAUUUGAGUCUUACUUCAAUAUAAGCGCCAUGACGGAGCCUUUUAACUAUAUUUUUGCGGUUUCCUAUGAUGGUGAGCUUUUCAAGGGAUCUCCUCCCGAAAGCGCCCAGGCGAGCUGGUUGACCUCAGCUAGUCGAAUCGGGACUAAGGGAUGGGCAAACUUUAGCCAUCUGCUCUUCAACCCUGACGGUACCUUAUAUGGCGUUGUGAAUGACAAGUUCUAUAAAGGACCGACCCCUCACAGAACAUCAGCUGAGGAAUGGAUCGCGCAAGCAACGCUGAUCGGGGACGGGGGGUGGGGUGCGUUCCGUUUUCUGUUCUUUGAUCCUCAUGGCGUGUUGUAUGGAGUUACAGAGGACAAGCUUUACAAGAGGGAACCUCCGUCCAGCGACGAAGACCACUGGCUAGGAUCUGCCAAUCUAUUAGGGGCUGAAGGAUGGGGUGAUUUCGAAUUCCUCUUCUUUGACCCAGAGGGAAAGCUAUAUGGUGUGGUGAAUGGCAAGUUACAUAAGGGGGACCCGCCAAAGGACAGACACGACGCUUGGUUGGGUUCGUCCACGCUCUUCAAAGGCGAGCUAUGGGGAGACUUCCGUCAUCUAUUUUUCACGAGUAAUGGUCACUUAUGUGGUGCGCAUGACAGCUUUUACAAAAAGUCUCCUCCCAUUGGACUUGAUUGGUUAGCUUACGAAUCGAAUAUGGUUGGUCAUGGUGGUUGGCAUAUGUUUAAAUUACUGAUAUCACCACUACCUCAGAAGUAAGAUGUCACCAUGGAAAUGGUAGCCAUGGAAACGGUGCUAUUAUACUGACUACUGUUAUUCUCUGUCGUUAUGUUAUAGUCACCCUAAUCCUAUAAGUGAAACGUGGUCUACUUGUGUGUUAGGGUGAAGUGAGAAGGUAGCGAGCGGUUAGCAGAGUUUUUGGUGCCCUACCUGUGUGUUGGGAUGAUGUGACGUCACAGCUUCCUUAAUUUGCUUGACCUCAGAGCACGUGACUCCGCCGAUGAUAAAGAAUACGAGAAGCGGGAGGUCGUUAGGGCGGGGUUUACUGACGUUCAUAAACAAGCUACAGAGAGAAAAAGACAAAGCACCGUCAGCUAAGAGAUCAUGCCUUCCCCUUAAGAUCUGAUUAAAACUAACAAACAAAAUAAUCAAAAUACUAGAAUUCCUCUAACAUCGUCAUACUAAGUAUAAAUUAGAAAACUUUUUUUUUAAGGUUAACGUAAUGUAAACAUUCAUCAAAAGUUUAUUAUAAUCUAUUGUAUUGUACUCCAACAAACUUAACAAUAUCGGGCACAUUCCUUGUAUGUGCCAAAGUAUUGUACCAGGAAAGCCUGCAGCUACAUAUCUUACAAUUUAUGCACAAACAUAUCUCCAUACAUUCAUUUAUACAACUAUUGACAGUAGCCUUGGCUACCUGUGGGUCUUUGGCUCCCUGUGGUUCAAAGCGAUUCCCGUACCUGAAGCCAGUCUUGAUGAAGUCUUUGAUACCAUGUGAUUUGAAUUCCACGUCCACAAGCUCGGGUUUCUCAGCGCUAAAUAUAGCAUCUAUGACCUGCGAAACACCACUGGUUAGAUGCGUAGCUAGAGGCUCGGGCGAUAGGAUAGUUUUACGCAGAUAUAAAAAAUGUAAAGUUUAAGGGUAGUUAUGUUUAACUUCUUAGUCGUCGCAGACUACCAGAAAUCAAUACCUCUACGCAUUGUACCUGAUUGGUUAAUACCUUUUCACCUUGUACCUGAUUGGUUAAUACCUUUUCACCUUGUACGUGAUUGGUUAAUACCUCUUCACCUUGUACCUGAUUGGAUAAUACCUCUACACUAAUCGAGUCAAGUGUUGCAAGAGUUACCUGGAAACGUUUGAAAGCAGUAUUUAAAUUGUAAUUUCGAGACAUAACUCUUCCUAGAAGAACUUACCUGUUUGACUAGUGGCUGGUAGGAGGGUUCUUUUAUCGCUGUUGCUUCCUGGUAAACACGUCUGGCCAAAAACAAACACAACAGGAGAAAAAUGAAGAACAUAUUUUAUGGAAUUCGUAGAUAUAAAUAGUGGUACAUGAAACUAUGCAAAACUUUAUACUAUUUCAGUGCCGUAACAGGCCUCGAAUAAAGGAGGGCACACUACAGAAACUUUAA